CCGUGGCAAGACUACCGAUUCCGAUGGGAAUUCCUAUGGGAGCAAACAUAGUACCGGGCCUGGGUAUCAAUGUGCCACCGCCCGGUAUGAUGCUUCCCGGCAAUCCGCCUCCGCUGCCAAUGGGAGGCUACGGUGUGCUGCCUCCACCGCCGCCCGGUUCCGGGGUAAAUGCUGCGGCCAUGAUGGGUAAUGGCAAUGCCGCGGCUGCUGCUGUUGCCGCUGCGGCUGCUGCCGCCAGCAUAAUGAAUGCUGCUGCAGCAGCUUCCAACAUGAGUAAAGCAUCGGCCGAUGAUAUGGACAUCGAGAUGGAUGAUGAAGCACCACCGAACACAGGCGUGGCGGCACCGUUAGGUCCAGCACCCGGUGCUGGUGGUGCUGCAGCAGCGUUUUUCAACCAGCCACCGCCACCAUUGUUACCACCGAGUGCUGCAAAUCUUCCGCCAGGGCCACCGGGAGGUGGAUUCUUUGUCGCUGGUGCUGGUGGCAACAUGUCCGAUAAUAAUGGUGAAGGCAGUGGUGAUGACGGUGGCGAUGGUCGUGGACGAGAUCAAUUUGGUGAUCGUGACCAUCAGCUGCACCGUGGCGGUCGUCGCAGUCGCGAUCGCGAUCAACAACAGCAACGUGGUGGCUUCGAUCGUGGCAACGACGCUCGGGGAGGAGGAGGAGACGGUGGUCGACGGGAUCGUGGGGAACGUGGGAGUCGCUGGGGUGGUGGCAAUAACUUCCGUAGUGGCGGCGGCAACAAUCAGGACGAUCGUCCACUGUCGGAGCGGCUGCGAGAGUUGGCCGGUGUGCUGGAGUUCAACAAUCAGCGAGCCGGUGGAGGAGGGGUAGGUGGACGUAACUUUGGAGCUCGAGGUGCAGGGCUUGACAAUGAGGGUCCUGACUUUGGAAAUGCUGAUUUUACUCGAAGAGGUGGUGCCAGUGGCAACUUUCAGCAAACUCGCUACAACAACAAUAGCGGUAGUGAUCGCGAGGGUCGCGGUAGUGGUGGUGAUGGUGCCGGGGGAGGCCGUAAUCAAGGUGGACGAAAUGGACAGUUCGGCAAUCAGCAGCAACCGGGCGGUGCUGGUGGUGGUGGCGGUGCAGGAGGUCGUGGAAAUGGCGGAAUGUUUGGCAACCGCGCAGGCGGUAGAAACAACAACCAACGCGUUGGCCAGUUCUUUAACGACGAGCGUCAACAGCAGGGAGGUUUCUUCGAUCGGGAAGAAGGUGGUGGCAACGGUUACGAUUCGGGCGGUAACAACAGCAACAGCAACAACAAUCGCCGCAACUGGAACAACGAUCGCGCUGGUGGAAAUCGGGGCAAUAACAACAGCCGCGAUGAUCGUGGCCGUGGAAGGCAAAAUUGGCGCAGCGGUGACGAUGGACCGGGUAGUGGUGGUGAUGGUGGCGGCGGUGGCCCUCGCUUUAACAAUCGUGGCAACAAUCGGGGUGGCAAUAAUCAAGCCAACCGGCCGGUUCGUUGGGAAGAUGAUGAUGAAAACUGGGAAGAAGCAGGAGCUAAUCAACAAUCGGGGGCCGCAACGACUGGGGACGCUGGCAGACAAAAUGCUUUCGGACGGGACAAGCGCCAGAGGAGACAAUCGGGUAACGAGGAAGAACAGGACGAACGUCAAGAGCAAAAUGAUGAACGGGCACGUAACGAUGGUUCAUCCGGUGGCGGUAGUGGUGGUGGUGGUGAUGGUGGCGAUAGUAUGAUGAUGGAAGGUGGUGACGAUUCAUCGUCGCGUGCUGCCGACCAGGGCGAGGAGGUCAAGGGUAAUGAUUUUCCCAGGGAAAUAGGAUCCCGGCGAUCCGAUGAUGAUGGCUCAAACGAUCGAAGAUACGGGCGGGAUCAUCACCACCAUCAUCGUCAGCGAAACGAUGAUCCAGAUGAACGGCCACAGCCAAUUCUCUACUCGCCCGAGCCAGAGGAUGAAUCUGAAUCUACGAACCUGCCAGAGGACAAUGGAAAUGUGCAACAUAAUCGAUUGCAACAUUACAACGAGGACCGGCAAGAGCAACAGCCACAACAGCACGACGAACAACAGGAACAGCAAUAUCAACAGGAGGGAUCCACUAACAUGGGGGGAUCCACUUUCUAUGACGAAGCAAACGAUCAACAAACAAACUCGGACUUCACGACAGCACCUCGUGAGAGUUACGAUCACGCUGAUCAGCCCCCAGCGUCGGACUAUGAGCAUUCGAUAGGAGCGCAGGAGCAGGAUCGAGAUAGCUCACAGUUCCCGCAGGAUGAUAACUCAGAGCAACACUCGCAAGAGGACGACUCCAGCUGUAGGCCUGCAUUAGAGGAACAACAGAGUGACCCAGUGCCGCUGAGUGGUCCAUCAGAAGAGGAACCGGUGGGCACAGAAACGGCAGCACCUGAGUAAAUCAAAUGAGAUUGGAUCGAAAGCCCUGAUGUUGAUUUGUGAAGAACGGUGAUCGGUAAAACAUUGUCCUGCGACAUAAGACCGUGAUCAUGCCACGAUCAGUAACCUCAUAGUAAGAGCAAUCGUUUUAAUUUCCAUCAUGAUCAUGUAUCAAUCACCCCAGAGCGGACGUAACGUAAUUAAAGUUUAGUUUAGUGAAUUAGGCAGAGUAGAGACGACAUAGAGAGAGAGGGAGAGAGACAGAUAGAGGAAACUGAGCCAAUUGGAUACCUAGCACGACGGUAUGGCAGGACGAAGGUAGGGGGCAUUGUAUUCUUCAAUUAUUAGUAAACCAAUUGUAAAAAAACUAUCCCUUAGUUGUUCCAAACAAAGGAGGAUAAACGUUAAAAUGAUUCCGGUAGCAAAUGCGUUUGUAAAGGAAAAGAAGCAAUCAAAUUGUCCUGCAACAUCAACGUGAUGGUACGUUCGAUUGACGUUGGCAUGUCGUGGCUAUUUUUCUGUAACUGUCAAUCCUCAUUUGUGCGAAGAAUCACCUCUAAUAUACUCCGUUUUCGCUACAGCUACCGUGUUUGAUGUAGCCUCGAUUUAUUAUUAUUUCCUCCAUCCAUCAGGAUUAAUUGUAGACUAUAUUUCCGUUAUCUGUGCACAUCCCGCCUCACACCAUCACAUCACCGUGAUGUUGUACCAUAAGCUGACCAAAGGCCAAAAUGGUUCAACUUCAGCAAGCUAGCCAAGAGUCCCGAUGCAGAGAGUGGCGCAAUCAAAGGCAAAGACUAGGCAACAGAUGUUGAGUAGGAUAGUAAGUAACUAAAGCUGUUCGCCCAAUAUGACUGCACAAACCACCCGAUCCCAUCCGCUUGUCCAGUCUGAACACAGUAAAACCUUUUUUCAAGCAAG